CCCCCUUUCCUGCUCGGGGUCAUGGGGAUAAACGCCCUACGGCGUGGAGAAGUAGCAGCCCGGGGUUGCACAAUGCACAUCCCCGCCCAGAAGUGGGGAGCCUGAGAAGGACGUCGCAACACGUGGUUGUGGACGCGCACGUAGUUUUCCCCGAUCUGCCCCAGUGUGGGGCUUAGAACCCCCGUUAGACACGGAGAGGGCGCUUCCAGUGGCGUUCAGCUUUGCUCUGCGAUGUCUGCUGUAACCCUUCUACAGUAAGCCCACAGAGGUUAUGCUGCCCAAAAGCUGCCCGCUGCGUCUGAGUGAGAAAGAGAAGGGUUAAGGACCCCAGCUGCCACGUCCCGCGCCCUCACCGCCCACAUCACCGAAGAGCUAUGAGCGCCCCCCCACAUGCCCGCGAGCUCGAGCCGUCGGCCCCACUCCCCCGCGGUGUGCGGCGUGAGGAGGAUGACGAGGGAGACCUCAACAAGGCCCUGGGGGUAGAGAGAUUCCAACAGAUUAUCCACCCCACACCACGCGUCCGGGACGAGCACCGCACCUACAACGAGGCGGAUUUUGAAUACCACCGACACUCCUCUCACCACAUCCACCAGCCGCUAUCCAAGCACCUCCCUGCAGGGGGCAGGAAGAAGAAGAGCAGCAAGAAGAGGAAAGGGGUCGGCUCUGGCCGGAGGAGGGGCUCUGGGAGCAGCGGGGCCCCCACCAUUGAGGAAGACGAAGAAGAAGAAGAGGCGGAGGAGGAGUCCUGCAGCCAGCCUGACGUGACCCCUGAUGCAGAGCCAGACAGUCACUCGCAGGCAGUGCAGUUCUUCGUUGCAGAUGAUGACCCUUCACUCUCCACCAUCAGAGCUGCCGAGUCCACACCCCCACGCCAGGUAGACAUCGUACCCGAGUCGGCCCUGUGCAGGGGCUCGGUUCUCCUUGAGGAUGCCACAGCCACAGAUGACUCGGUGUCAACUCCGCCCCAAAGCAGAAAGGUGGCCUCCAGCUGCUCCUCGAUGCCGUCCUCACCGACCUGCCCAGCGGACUCGGGUAGCCCCCCGGGCCGCUGCACCCCCACGGGGUCCAAGGUGUCCCAAGCGGGCCGCAGCUAUGACCUUCAGGAACGGCGCCGCACGGGUAACAUGACGGCCGCUGAACAUGGCCACUAUGAGCGCAUCCCCACGGACGAGAGCGAGGCACAGAUGCUACCCACCGUGGACUUGGAUGGCAUCAAAAGCCACCGUUUCGAGGAUGUCCCUGGGGUACGGCGUCACUUGGUCAGGAAGAGCACCAAGGGUCAGGUGGUGCACAUUAGCAAGGACCACAAAGAGCCCAGCACUCGCUGCCGGAAACUGGACCGCACCCCACACGAGGUAUUUGUAGAGCUGAACGAGCUCAUCAUGGACAAGAAUCAGGAGAUGCAGUGGCGGGAGACAGCUCGAUGGAUCAAGUUUGAGGAGGAUGUGGAGGAGGAGACGGAGCGCUGGGGCAAGCCCCAUGUAGCCUCGCUCAGCUUCCGCAGCCUGCUGGAGCUGCGUAGGACCAUUGCUCAAGGGGCAGUUCUCUUGGACCUGGACCAGAAGACCCUGCCCGGCAUCGCUCACCAGGUGGUGGAGCAAAUGAUCAUCACGGACCAGAUCACGGCUGACGACCGUGCCAAUGUGCUGAGAGCACUACUGCUCAAACACAGCCACCCAAGCGACGAAAAAGACCACUCUUUCCCCAGGAACAUCUCGGCGUCCAGCUUGGGCUCCCUCAUGUCCCACUACCACAGCACCAACCACAUCCCUCCAGCAGAGCCCUCUAUUACUGAUCCACUCAUGAGCGGCAGUGCCUCUGGCUCCGAGAAUGACACCCGCGUCAAUAUUGAGAAGAACGAGAAGGAGAGUACUCCAGUACUGGGCAUGCACAGGUCCAAAUCGAAACACGAAUUGAAACUUCUGGAGAAGAUCCCAGACAAUGCAGAAGCCACAGUCGUUCUUGUUGGGUGUGUGGACUUCCUGGAUCAGCCCACCAUGGCAUUUGUGCGACUGCAAGAGGCCGUCCUCCUUGAGUCGGUCCUGGAAGUACCAGUGCCGGUCCGCUUCCUUUUCAUCCUGUUGGGCCCACCCAGCACCAACAUGGACUACCAUCAGAUCGGCCGCUCCAUCUCCACCCUCAUGUCGGACAAGUACUUCCAUGAGGCCGCCUAUCUGGCCGACGAGCGCCAGGAUCUGCUCAAUGCCAUCAACGCAUUCCUGGACUGCAGCAUCGUGCUGCCGCCAUCCGAAGUGGGGGGGGAGGAGCUGCUGCGCUCCGUGGCGCGCUUCCAGAGGGAGAUGCUGAGAAAGCGCGAGGAGCAGGAGGUCAAGCUGCUGGCCAAGGACGUGCAGAGCACCCAGGACAGGGAGGCUUUCCUCACCCCCCUCAAGCCCAGCGAUGAUCCCCUGCAGCGGACAGGACGGCCUUUCGGGGGGCUGAUUCACGACAUCUGCCGGCGUUACCCCAAGUACGUCAGUGACUUCAGGGACGCCCUGAAUCCCCAGUGUAUGGCGGCUGUCAUCUUCAUCUACUUUGCUGCCUUAUCCCCCGCUAUCACGUUUGGCGGCUUGUUGGGGGAGAAGACCAACGGGCUGAUUGGCGUAUCAGAGCUGAUCAUUGCCACAGCGAUGCAGGGCAUCCUCUUCUGCCUGCUUGGGGCACAGCCCCUCCUGGUGGUGGGCUUCUCAGGGCCCCUGCUAGUGUUUGAGGAGGCCUUCUUCUCAUUUUCCAAGGCGAAUGAGUUGGAUUAUCUGACAGGGCGAGUAUGGAUUGGCUUCUGGCUUGUUGUCAUCGUCGUGCUCAUGGUGGCUUUCGAGGGCAGCUUCCUGGUGCGAUUCGUUUCCCGCUUUACCCAGGAGAUCUUCUCCUUCCUCAUCUCCCUCAUCUUCAUUUAUGAGACGUUCUCCAAGUUGGGCAAGAUUUUUCAGGAUCAUCCUCUGCAGCCUUGUACCCUGAACAGCACAGCAGGGGGCAGCAAUAACUCUGCCACAGCCAUCACCAACGGCUCACCAGUGGCACCCGCCACUCCCCCCAGGGAGCGAGGAGAGCCCAAUACUGCCCUGCUGUCCCUGGUCCUUAUGUCAGGCACCUUCUUCAUUGCCUUUUAUUUGCGCAAGCUCAAAAAUAGUGCCUUCUUUCCUGGCAGGUUUCGCAGAGUGAUUGGUGAUUUUGGGGUUCCCAUUGCCAUCCUCAUCAUGGUCAUGGUGGACUACAGUAUCAAGGACACCUACACACAGAAACUGAGCGUGCCCAGUGGCUUCUCAGUGACCAGCCCAGAUAAGCGUGGCUGGGUGAUCAAUCCACUGGGGUCGGACGGCCAGUUUCCCAUUUGGAUGAUGGCGGCCAGUUUCCUUCCUGCUAUCCUGGUUUUCAUCCUGAUCUUCAUGGAGACACAGAUCACCACGCUGAUUGUCAGUAAGAAAGAGCGAAUGCUUGUAAAGGGUUCUGGGUUUCAUCUGGACCUGCUGAUCAUCGUAGUCCUUGGCGGCGUGUCCGCACUAUUUGGCCUGCCCUGGCUCGCGGCUGCCACUGUGCGUUCGGUCACGCAUGUCAAUGCCCUCACCGUCAUGAGCAAAGCCGUUGCCCCAGGAGACAAACCCCGCAUCCAGGAGGUCAAGGAGCAAAGGGUGACUGGGCUCCUGGUAGCCAUCCUUGUGGGCUUGUCCAUUGUCAUCGGUGACCUCCUGCGCCAGAUCCCCAUCGCUGUGCUUUUCGGCAUCUUCCUUUACAUGGGUGUGAUGUCACUCAACGGCAUCCAGCUCACUGAACGCAUGAUGUUGUUGCUGAUGCCCCCAAAGUACCAUCCUGAUCACAGCUAUGUGCGAAAGGUCCGUACCUUGCGUAUGCACCUCUUCACAGGCAUCCAGCUGAUUUGCUUGGCAGUGCUUUGGGCAGUGAUGUCAACAGUGGCCUCACUGGCCUUCCCCUUCGUCCUCAUCCUCACAGUCCCACUCAAGAUGUUCCUCUUGCCCCAAAUUUUCACUACACGUGAAAUGCAAUGCCUGGACUCAGAUGAGGCAGAGCCAACGUUUGAUGAAAAGGAGGGGCAGGACGAGUACACGGAAAUGCACAUGCCAGUGUGAGACGCCCCUCCAAUUAGGCAGUGGCAGAAGGGCAGCAGCCCAUGUACAUUUGUAAAUGUAUCACCGUUUCUGAUUUUAUAUCAUCGAACAUUUUUUUUUAACAGAAACAUGGGUUAAGGUGGCUGGCAUGGGAACCAGGUGUUGAGGUGUCACACACUAUGAGAUUCACUAUUUAAACUCCCAAGCAGUAACACAUGGUUGAGGGGUCACAGGUCACCUGUUUCCUGACAGCUUCCUCAUGGAUGCCUACACAUGACCCAUGCUAGUGUUUCCUUUGCUUUUAUUCCUCCCAUUUUCCACAUGUGGUGAUAGGUAUGAAUAAUCUCAAAAAAGCAACAUUUUUGGUCAACCGUCAUAUAUUAGCUUCUUUUUAUCUGGAAAAUCCCUGUAUUGUCUGUGGUGUCCAAGUAUCUGUCCUGUCCUUCCCAGCAUUAAACCUAGACAUGGUAUUCGGUCACAAAUGGGGGGGAUAGCUCCUACUCUGCUCUGUUGCUCUUUUGCUCACAGCUAUGUUCUGUAGUUGAAAUGUCUGCUUUCCUUUGGUUGCACCAAUGAUUUCCAGUGGCUCACUGUGCAGUCAGUUUCAGCACAAUGAUGAAAGUUGACUGUGGUUCAUUGUUUAUUAACAUCUGGCUUGUGGAGUCAGCACAGUCCAGGUUAAAGAUCACCUUGCAGGUGUUGUCUCUUGAAUAAUUCAGUGAUUAGACCAGAUGAAACAGAAGCAGAAAUUUCUCUUUUAAAAUGCCUGUGAAUGUGGUCAUUUUCAUAUUUGGAGUACAUAACGACUACGCAGAGCUUAACAUUCUCCUUACUUAAAGUAGCGUUAGGCUGACUGAUGCUGUAGUUCACCACACCAAAAAAAAGCUGCAUCUCACUGUGACUCAAAGCAGCUGUCGUUGCCUCAUACGCAGCUCCCCUUGAUCUUCUAUGAUCUACAAGUCGGUCUCCUCCAUCUCUUAUAGAACCAAAGGCUAAAUUCCACGCUGCAUCUUGUCAGACAUAUUUCUGGUCAGUCUUCGUUGUUUUGUGCGUGCAUAUCAUGAUGCCCGAGGUCCUGUUUCUUUUCUCACUGCAACUUUUCACUUGUGUUCUUUCCAAUUUGUGUUAAAUUAACCUGACAAAUUAGUGUUUUUUUUUUAUCAUAUUACUACAGUAAGUUGUGAAUUUUAACUGGGUGCCUCACCGCUAUUUUAGUCAGUGUGAGACUACUUACCUGUGAUGACUUUUUAAAAUUCUUUAUUACUUGGUUUACAUGACAAGGCUGACACCGACAUUUAAAGUUAACUGAACUGGAAGUUAUGGAGAUUCCUGGUCACUGGGGAGUUCCAGUGUUGUACGGUGGCUCUUUUGUUCUCUGUGCGAUAUUUCUUCUAAAAUGUGGAAUGAGCAGUUUGGCUGUCUGGAGUGAACAGGUACGAAGCAACUUUACAGGAGGCCUGCCAGAGGCAUGACUAGAUGCUGCAGUUUACACACAGUGUGAAAGGCGAUCCCUGUAUGAAGGAAGGAAUGGCUCUUUUUUGCUAUUAUUUCCUAUUGUGCCUUCAGCAUAUGAAACCAUUCAUCUAUUACAGCUUUACCUUUUUUAUAAAAUGAUGCAGUCCGCGUGAAUUGGGACGAACCUUUAAACAACCCCCCUUUAGCAUUUAAACUGUGUUAAACUGUGGUUGACAAAGAAUGAGAAACUACGCAAAUUCAUUUUAUGUAUAUGUGUAGCAGUGUGUCAGUAUAUUGUCCUGUUAAACAUCAUCUAUCCUACAUGUUGCACACUACAACUGGACACCAAUUUUGACUGCUUUUCAACAUUGUAUUAACAAUGGGUGGGGAUUUAUUUACAUAUUUACAUGUAUGUUCAGAUAAAUAAGUCUAUGCUUUUGAAUUGAAUAGAUGUUUUUCUAUAACACGUAGUAGAUUAAAUGAAGGCUUCCCUGCCUGUACACUGAGGGUCACCUCUAAUCUUUGGAGCCCUAGUCUCAAAGUUAGUUCAUAGUUAGUGCCACUAAAGCUAGUUGAACAGAAACCUGGAAUCGCAUUCUAUGAUCAAAUCAAAGCAGCAGGGACAAAAAGGGGACAUUCCAGGCUGCACAAGUUCAGGUUUCAUCUAAGCCACUGUUUCCCAGCCCUGUUCUUGGGGACCCCCAGACAGUCCACAUAUUAUAUCCCAGCCAAUCAAGGACUUCGAAUACCUGGUACAGGUGUGUUGGGAGCUGGGAGGGAGAAAAAAUGUGGACUGUCUAGGGGUCCCUGAAGACCGGGUUGGGAAACACUGAUCUGGUGUGUCCUGUUCAGGGGCUGAAGUAACCAGAUUACACAUGCCUGUUACAUUCUCCUGCAGUGUCACAUUCAUGGGUGUCUGUUACAUUUAGUCUGUUGUUGAAGUUGUUCUAGGGCACCCUUCCAGUUCUGAAUGAAAACACUUAAGUUCGCUGUCACAACAGGAUAUGUUUGCAAAGUACAAGGUAAAGGUUUGGCCAGCAUUUAAAUCUGUAAAUGCCUGCUUUGUAACAUUAAGACCAAGUCUAUAUGGCAUUUUCCAGAAAGGUUUGAGCCCAGUAAAGCCCAACAACAUGUUAUGUAGAGCCUUGUGUGUAAUCUCAAACCCUGUUGAGCAUUAACUUGCUUUGAGUAUCUCCUCUAUGCUCCACAAACCCGAACAUCACAUUUUAGUUCUAUGAAUUAUCUGACUAAGAAGUACCCAAAGUUGUCAAGUAUGUCUACAUCUACACAUGGUCUGCAUACCAGUGAGAAAGAUGUUUUUCAUGCUCACAAUCUGAUCAUAGCUUGGUGUACUGAAAUAUCCAUGAUUGUGGUUUUAUUUUUGAGAUAAUGAUUUAAGAACAGUAUGUAUGCUUGGUAUAAAUAUGGAGAGAAUGUCAAGAGUAUCGCAUGACCGCUGUUUUUCUUCUCUUAUGAAGUCAGCCUCCAAAAUGUGUGGUGGUGUUAUGUUGUCCUCUGUACAAAUUCUGUUCAAAUAUAUUGAUCAAAAAUUAAAUUUUAUAUUUAAAACACUG